UUCUAAAAGUGACACUGGGAACCUAGAUGUCAUCGUGUUUGUUUUGAAAAGUGCAUUUUAGGUGAACGCGGAGAAUUAUAUGCGCAUUUUCUGUGCAAUAUCAUGAACAUUUUAAUCAGAACUCAUCCCAAGACUGUUGUCAGCAAUUGUCCAGGUUAUGUGAGGGUCUUUUCCUCGUCAAUAAAGCAUGAAUUUGCUAAGAAUACCCAGGAAUCUCCUGUUAGAAUUGGUCAGCCAACUGGACAUACACACCCUCACCUGCUGAAGACUUCGGAGGUGGUCGUGGGAAUAACGAAAGAUGAACUGAAGCUUAGGAGGAAAAAACUCUUGGAGGAUAUUGCCAAAAGUUCAGUGAAAUUCAACACAAAUCCUCGAGAUCACAUUGUUAUUGUUCCAUCGGCUGGAAAGAAGUACAUCAGCGAUAAAAUCCCAUAUGUUUUUCGACAGCAUUCAGACUUCCGCUACCUGUCCGGAUGCCUAGAGCCGGACAGUGUGCUGCUGUUGCAUUUGGACAGCAGCGGGAGGGACAAAAGUGUGCUGUUCUUGAGGCCAAAGGAUAGGCAUGCUGAGAUGUGGGAUGGCACAAGAACUGGCCCAGAAUUGGCAGUGGAUAUUUUUGGAGUGGAUGAAUCCCAUGAAUUAAAGCAAUUUUCAGAUUAUUUGGAUAAAUUUUCCAAAGAAUCGCAGUCGACUGUGCUCUGGGCCGAUCAUGCCGCCCUGCAAGAGCAACCGGAAGUUUUUAAGAAAGUUUCAGAGUUUUCUGGGAAAAUUGCCAAACCCUUUGAGCCGGUAACUUCAUUGAUUCAUAGAUUGCGUGUCAUAAAGUCUUCCGCGGAAGUUGAGCUUAUGAGGAGAACUUGUGAAAUUGCCUCUCAGGCAAUUAACCGGACGAUAAGUGAGUCUCGGGAGGGAGAUUCUGAGCAUCAUCUCUUUGCCAGGGUUGACUACAAUUGUCGUAUGGGUAAUGCUGACUUCCUGGCGUACCCACCGGUUGUGGCUUCAGGGAAUAAUGCCACAACCAUCCAUUACAUUGAGAACAGCCAGGUGAUAGAGGCAGGUAAGUUGGUACUGAUGGAUGCAGGUUGUGAGUAUGGUGGUUAUACGAGUGACAUUACGAGAACGUGGCCUAUCAGUGGAACUUUCACGGGACCCCAGAAAAUUCUCUAUGACGUGAUAUUGACGCUGCAGAAGGAUCUUUUGGCCACACUCCUGAAUUCCGGAGGUACCUGCCUAGAUGACCUUUUCGACACAAUGUGCGUGAAAUUAGGGAUGUAUCUGCAGGAAGUUGGUUUGGUGAACAAAAGUCUGUCUGGAGUGAGUCUGGCCAGAGCUGCAUACUCCUUCUGCCCCCAUCAUGUAUCCCAUUACCUCGGAAUGGACGUUCAUGAUACUCCAACUGUCCCACGUACUUCCACUCUCCAACCCGGAAUGGUUUUCACCGUGGAACCUGGGAUUUACAUCUCAGAGAAUCGACGGGAUGUCCCUGUGGAGUUUAGAGGACUUGGAAUUCGCAUUGAGGAUGACUGUGUGAUCACACCAUCUGCCACAAUUGAAAUCCUGACGUCUCAGUGUGCGAAGGAAAUUAAACAACUCGAGAAUUUGGUGAAAUUGUGAUAGUCAAUUGUUAAAUAAAUAUUAUAAUUUCUUAUUAUAAA